CCUGCCCGUCCCCCGCCAUUUCGCACCGGGACGGGAAGGGAAGGGAAGGGACGGGACGCGACGCCAGGCGGAGAGGGAAGGGAAAGGAGAGAAAAGGAAGGGACGCGACGCGACCCGGCCACGGUGGGUGCCGGGAGCUCCCGUGGCACGGCCAGCCAGGGAGGGAGCUGCUUCCCGGUAAUAGAGGAUCCUGACGCUGAAUGAGAAGGCACCGGCAGCAUCCUCGUUAGUGGGAGCCCAGCUCUGCUUAAUGUUGGUUUCUUUGUCAUCAGGUCUGCUAAAAAAUGACAGAGUAUAAACUUGUGGUGGUUGGAGCUGGUGGUGUAGGCAAGAGCGCCUUGACAAUACAGCUAAUCCAGAAUCACUUUGUGGAUGAAUAUGACCCCACAAUAGAGGAUUCCUACAGGAAGCAAGUAGUAAUUGAUGGAGAAACCUGUCUCUUGGAUAUUCUUGAUACAGCAGGUCAAGAAGAGUACAGUGCAAUGAGGGACCAAUAUAUGAGAACAGGGGAAGGCUUCCUGUGUGUGUUUGCCAUAAACAAUACAAAGUCUUUUGAAGAUAUUCACCAUUAUAGGGAACAAAUAAAGAGAGUUAAAGACUCAGAAGAUGUCCCAAUGGUGCUAGUAGGAAACAAAUGUGAUUUGCCUUCCAGAACAGUAGACACAAAACAAGCUCAGGAUUUAGCAAGAAGUUAUGGAAUUCCUUUCAUUGAAACAUCAGCAAAGACAAGACAGGGUGUUGAUGAUGCCUUCUACACAUUAGUUCGAGAAAUCAGAAAACACAAAGAGAAGAUGAGCAAAGAUGGUAAAAAGAAGAAAAAGAAGACAAAGACAAAGUGUAUAAUUAUGUAAAUACAAUUUAUCCUUAUUCUUAAGAAGUACUGAAGUAAUUUUGUACAUUACACUAAAUUAUUAGCAUUUGUUUUAGCAUUACUUUACUUUCUGCUUCAUGAUCCUGUUAGCUUUACCUGAAUGCUUGUUUUAAAUGACAGUGGAAACUUCAUUCCUCUUAAAGUGCCAGUAUUCUUUGACUGUUGGUUCUUGAACUAGCAAUGCCUGUGAAAAUAAAAAAAAAAAACAACAACAAAAAAACAACAAAAACCCAAAACAAACAAAAAAAAAUAUCCACAGAAAGCCCGAGAACUGUCUUAGGACUCUUUGGUGCAUGCACAGUUGCUAACUUCCUAUUUUUCUUACUGAUUGUGAACUUCUGUUCUGUGUGCAAAGCAAACAAAUGAUGCUCUACACAUUUUAACAUCCCCUCAAAAUUUUUGGGUUUAUAAAUUUGGUUGGGAAAAAGGACUAGUUAGCAAAAGAAGCUUUCAUUUCAGCCUUUCCUUUAUUUUAGACUGAUUGCAAUAGAGAGAGACCAGAAGCCUUUAUAGUCUUCCUGUAGAUUUUGCUUCUAGGCAUCUAGUCUUGUAGCAUUUCAGAUCAACUUUAAUGAAUGUAAAAAGAAAACUUUCAAAAAAAAAAUUUCACUGCAAUUUGUCACGGUCACUCCUUAAAUACUCUAUUUUUUCUAUAAAAAAUUAAAAAAAAAAAAAAUUUUUAGAAAGACAACAAUGCACACCUGGCAAUGGAAAAAGUAAAAGUUCUAAUUAGGUUGAUUUGCUAUUGUUAAUGCAUUGCUUUAAGAGCUUCACUGAGUUUUUGUGUCUGAAGAGCAAGGUGAAAUCCCCCUGUGUCAAAGCUUUUGAGUAGCUUUGUUCGGUAGAGUCAAGAUUUCACCCUGAGUGUCCCUAGGAAAUACUAGAAUGCCUUAACAGAGAAAUUGAUUCAAAUUCUUAGGUUAAUUCAUACAUGGACCCAGAAUUUACCAUAAGAAUUAAAUCAGAAUCAAUCCUAAAUUACACAGUGGAGUAAAACCAUUCUUUUUUUCCCCCCCCCAAGAGUGGCAUUAAAUACUUCCAGAUGCCCAUUUUGUGAAAAAUAGGGGAGAAAUUCUAAAUUCUAGUAACAUCAAAUGAGUGAAUGAAAGAGUUGAAUUUAGCUGCUUCAUGCAAAUAAUUUUGAAAUCCACUAUGCCAUGGAAAUGGUGUGGAAUUUGCACAAUCUGUCAGCAUAGAACAUGAUUUCCAGAGUCAGUGUUGUUUGUGUGAUGUCUGUGAAGUAUAGAUUCAGUGGUUGGUGAGUGGCAUUCCAGUGUCUAGGCUGUCAUGAAGCUGCACCAAGAGUUUAAUGUUGUCUUUCUCUGUGAUUGUCUUGUGAUUUUUGUUCUUUUCUCCCACCACUUUUUUUUUUUUUUUUUUUUUUUUUUUUUUUUUUUUUUCUGAUUGGAAUUAAUGCAGGAUUUUUGCAGGAGCUUUCACUUUUUGGUACUGCAGUAGACCUAGUUAUUCACUGAAGUAUGAGCCAGUAGUUCCAGUGUUUCCAGUUCCUAGUGUCUCCCUGUAAAUGUGGAGUUGUUUGUUUCAGGAGAGCUUUGGUUCCUGAAGGUGCACUUCUUCACAGGAGCUAACUCAGCUGCAGAGUGACACUGGAAGGUGUGACUGGUGUACCCAAAAAAUAGAUCACAAGACAUUGAAGUAGGACAGUUCAGGACACUGGAAAACUUGGAACAGGGUAUAGUAGCAUUGCCCUAACCUAAGGUAUUCCAUGGAAAUUUUACACAGGUAUGUAAAAAUUGCACUGUGUAACUGGGACCGUUUCUGUGAGAAGUAUUAUUUUGCUUCCACAAAAAAAAAAAUCCCAGAGUGACUGUUGUAGGUGGGGACCUACAAAGCUGUCAGGGAACACAGAGUAUCUGGAUUGCUCCAUAUUCUUUAAUUUCAUUGUGUCUGGGAGAAAUCAGGCCUUUUCCUGCCUGUGCCCACUAUUCCCACCCUUCACCACAAUCCAGACCCUUCCACUCCUCUCAGCUUCAGUGUGAAAUGUAGGUUAUGAAAUAUUCUGAAAAACAUUAGCAGGAGAACCUAACCUUAUACUGUAAGGACCAGUAAGGAGUAAGAACAGAUUCUUAAUGUCACAAAGUAUUUCAGAGCUUCCAAGGUUAAAAUGUGUCAGAGACAGUUAUUUGCACAUUUUAUACACUCUUGAUAAUACAUGAAGAACAUAGCAAAAGUGGGUUUUAAGUGUUGAGCAAAUGAAAGUAAUCUUAAGGUUACUUUAAUUUUGGUAACUGAGUCACACUGCAUGUGAAAUUAGGGCUGGUCUAAAAUUCUGAUAUUAAUUUAACAAAGAGCUGUUAGGAGAAUUUGUAGCUGAAAUGUCUUCAUCAAAAGUGGAUUUCGGUAGCUCUACUAUAAAGCUAUAUAUGAACCAAUGUUGGAGUUUUUCAGCAAAAGUGAGCUGUGGCUGCCAGUCUAAUUAAACUAGUACAAAAUCCAUUUAGACUAGCCCUUAUUUACUUGAAAAAAAACCCAACCCAACCCCAUCCUUGCCACUGUCAUGCAGUUUUGUCUUCCUGUUAAGAUUUGGUGAAGCAGGUUGGAUUGUAGCUUGCACAAGUUGCUCCAUCAUCACUGCCCUGUUUGAGAUGCUUCCACAGAACAUCCUUGGGUGCUGUGUGUCCUGAGAGCAGCUCCUGAGCCUGGGAGUCACUGCCCACGUCACCAUGUCAAACUGCCAUGUGUCAGGGAGUAACACCUUCUUACAGUAGCUUUAUGUAACUCUGCCAAAUACCUGAAUCCUUGGUUUGCUCCAAAAGGAAUUAUUCUGACCAGUUUCUGUGCCCUGAAAGUUUUUGCUACUUUUUUGCUGUGUGAGCCUUGUUACAGUAACAGGAUAAUGGGUAAAUACUGACACACACAAUCUUCUGCUCUUGUCUAGACUAUGAAGCAAUACAAUUAUUACCUUCAAAGACCAUCAAACUGUAAAACAAAUCAUUGUGUCUCAAGUUUACAUAAAGCUACAUAGAUGGUAAAUCUUUCCUAACAUUUCUUUAUUCCACUGUCUUGUGUUUUCAUGUUGAAAAUACUUCUGCUUUUUCCUCUUGAGUGCCAACUUCUUACUAGAAUGACUUCUUAAUGUAAUAUGUUUACCUGGAAUGUAUUUUAACUAUUUUUGUAUAGUGUAAACUGAAACAUGCACAUUUUGUACAUUGUGCUUUAUUUGAUGUGGAACAUAUGCAGUGUGAUCCAGUUUUUCCAUAAUUUGGUUGUGUGACCUAGGAAUGUUGGUCAUGCCAGACAUUAAGUUAAAAAA